UUCCUACGCAAUAGUACUACUAAUCUUAUCUGUAUAAAUAAUACACCAUUGAGUAGGAAGGAGUAUUAGUCUAUAUCAAUAUGGAAACACCAUUGCUGACCAAAAGAUUUACUUCAGAAAAUGAUUACUUGGCAGUGAAAAGUUUGAAGGAUGUUAAACAUGUUUUGUGGAGUGAGACAGUGAAGAUAUGGAAGAUAGCACUUCCAGUGGCUUUGUGUUAUUUGUUUCAAUACCUCACAAACACUUCAACUUCCAUCUAUGCUGGUCAUCUUGGAGAUAUUGAACUCUCUUCUUUCUCUCUUUUUCAAAGUGUCCUCAAUUGCAUCUAUUCUUUGCUGUUUGGUAUGUCAACGGCAAUAGCAACACUGUGUGGCCAAGCUUAUGGUGCAGGACAAUUUCAAAAUGCUGGUAUUUAUGUUCAAAGAUCAAGUAUUAUACUCUUCACCACUUGUAUACUCCUAUUGCCAAUUAAUAUAUAUGCAACUCCAAUCUUAAAAUUUCUUGGCCAAGAACAAGAAAUAGCUGACCUAGCUGGCAAAUAUGCUAUUCUUAUAAUUCCAUACAUGUUUUCCAGUGCUAUCCAUUUACCCAUCCAGAAAUUUCUUCAAGCACAAAGUGAAGUUAAAGUUAUUAUGUACAUAGCAAUUGUGAUAUUGCUAAUACAAAAUGGUCUACUUUAUAUCUUCAUUUCUGUAUUUGAUUGGGGAAUAACUGGCUUAGCUAUGGCAAGUAAUAUCACAGGAUGGGGAUUUGCAAUUGCUCAACUAAUUUAUGCCAUUGGUUGGUGUAAAGAAGGAUGGAAUGGAUUGUCUUGGAUGGCAUUUAGAGAAUUAUGGGAAUUUACUAAGCUAAGUUUUGGUUCAUCUGUAAUGAUUUGUUUAGAACAGUGGUAUACUACAAUCAUUAUCCUUCUUGCUGGCUAUCUUGAUAAUCCUGUGAUUGCUCUUGGUUCAUAUUCAAUUUGCCUUAAUAUUCAGGGUUGGAAUGCCAUGCUGCUUCUUGGACUAAGUACAGCACUAAGUGUUCGUGUCUCUAAUACACUUGGCAUGUCACAUCCAAGAGCAUCCAAGUACUCUUUCUUGGUGACAAUGUCUCAGUCUCUUCUCAUUGGAACCAUUUUCAUGACUGUUAUUUUCUUGAGUAAAGAAAAGUUUGCAUUCAUCUUUACCAACAGUGAUGAUUUGAUACAUGCUGCAAGUGAAUUAGCAUACCUUCUUGGUAUAACCAUGGUUAUCAACAGUAUCUCACAAACUAUUUCAGGUGUGGUCAUUGGAUGUGGAUGGCAAGUUAUGGUUGGUUACAUAAACUUGGCAUGUUAUUAUAUUGUUGGACUCCCUAUUGGAAUUUUCCUUGGAUUCAACCAGCAUUUGGGUGUGAAGGGUCUUUGGGGAGGCACAAUGUGCGGCAAUAUUCUUCAGAUUUUAGUCCUCGUUGUCAUUAUUUAUAAGACCAAUUGGACCAAUGAGGUAGAGCAAACAGCUAAUCGCAUGAGAAUUUGGAGCUCUAACAAACUUCAAAAGGACGCCAUUUGAAAUGUUGCGUGGCAAGACAUUUUCUAUUAAUGAAUUAAAAAUUAUUGUAAAAAAUUUAAUGAAAUAGAAAUUUUAAGUUGCAUAUCA